AUGGCUGCUGCCAGCGACUUAUUAUCAUACUUCUUUUUAAUAGUAGCUAUAAAUUCAUCCCGCUUUGUCCUUGCUUGCUCGCCACCUGUCAAAUGGAUGGAGCCGGCGAAUGAGGAGGCACAGCCACCUCACAUGCAGCAACCGCAACAUAACCAAAAAGAGCGGCAAAAAUCUGUCCCCGUCUCUCUUUUCAAUCACACCACGAUUUCUCCGCGUAAUUUCUCUACCAAUCCCACAACGGCGGCCUCCACCACAAUCUCUGAAAACAACGAUUAUAACAUCACCUCAGCGGCCGUGGCAUCAGGAGCAGCAGUGGAACAAUCACCACAUUCGGAUGAGGAACCACCGCCAUGGAUAGCUCCAUCAAUGUCAACGGCUAUAUCAGGCGUAACCCCCCCUUAUUGGCGGCACCAUAGGAGCGUAUCCCUGGCAUCGCAGACGUCACUAGAAACCGCCACGGCACAGCGCAGGUCACUUAUACGCCUGGAAGACCACACGGAGGACCCAGCCAGCGAGACGAGCCAGGGCCUUUGGGCGCGCAGCGUGUUGAUCGAGGAUUAUAUUGUUGUGAAGGGGGGGAGGUCUGGGAUUGGGGCAUAUGUUGUGUGGAUUUGUAAGAUUCAGACGUUGGAGGGUGGUCUCGUGGUGGUUCGGAUGAGAUACUCCCAAUUUGACGAUCUGCGAUCCAAACUAGCCACUGCUUUUCCCCAUGCCAAAUCGGCACUCCCGCAACUCCCGCCCAAGAGCGCCAUAUUUAAAUUCAGUCCUAAGUUUCUAGAAAGGAGACGAGUUGGACUUGAAUAUUUUUUAAACUGUGUGCUUCUCAAUCCUGAAUUUUCCGGAUCGCCUAUACUGAAGGAAGUUUUGUUCAGCCAUGUCGGUUGA